AUUAAUAAUAGAGAAGAGAAGCUUUCAUCAUGUGGUCAGCUCAGAAAGUACAUAGCUUUUGUCAUCGGAUUUCUCUGAAAACUCCACCUCUCUCUCGCUCGCUCGCUCGCUCUACACCGGGUUGCUUGCAGAAUCAAAUCUCGGAAUCUCAAUAGCCUCUGGAUUCAAUGUCUUGAUACCUCAAUUUCACCGGAUAUUUUGUUGAAUCUAGGCUUUUCUUUUGCUGGAUGAUUGUGGAUUUUUAGUGAAGAGAUGAGUAACCGACCAUUGGAAAUUGGUAAGGCUUCUUCAGGUAAAAGAAGAUUAAAGGAUUUAUUGCGUCAAAGUGAUAAUCGUGUUUGUGCUGAUUGUGAUGCUCCAGAUCCUAAAUGGGCGUCAGCAAAUAUUGGAGUUUUUAUAUGCUUAAAAUGUUGCGGUGUGCACAGAAGUCUUGGGACGCAUGUGUCAAAGGUUUUAUCUGUGACAUUGGAUGAUUGGUCUGAUGAUGAAAUUGAUGCCAUGAUUGAAGUUGGAGGAAACUCCUCUGCUAAUUCAAUAUACGAGGCAUUUAUACCUGAAGGAGUUAACAAGCCUGGACCAGAUGCUAGCCAUGAGGAUCGUACAAGAUUCAUAAGGUCAAAGUACGAGCGUCAAGAAUUCUUGAAGCCAAGCUUGCGGAUCACAUCUGGAAAGAGUACUUCUGCUUCUCUUACAUCGAGUUUUUCUAGAAAGAUUAUGGAUAGUUUUCGAUCGAAUUCAUCACAAAAGACGGUAAGCAUGGUAGAAUUUAUUGGAUUGCUGAAUGUCAAGUCAAAAGAUUAUCUACAAGUAUUUGAUCAUGACACGUUUUCAGCCGAUGACAUAAUGGGAGAAGCCGAGAUUGAUAUCCAACCGUUGAUAACUUCUGCGAUGGCUUUUGGAGACCCUGAAAUGUUCGGAAACAUGCAAAUUGGAAAAUGGCUGAAAUCGCAUGACAACGCCCUUCUGGAGGACAGCAUCAUUAACAUUGUUGAUGGGAAGGUGAGACAAGAGGUGUCAUUGAAGCUCCAGAAUGUUGAAUCUGGUGAUCUAGAACUAGAUCUAGAGUGGCUGCCUCUGGACCAGUAAGUACAUAUUAUUACUCUUCUGUUCUAGUGAGAAAUCUGUAACAUUCAUUGGGUCACUCAUUUCUUGUGGAAUGGAACCUUACCCUUGCCUCCCUAUAAUUGUAUUUAUUCAUUUUAUUUAAAAUAUAUAUUUUUCAUAUUCUCAUUUAAUUUGAGAAUAGAGAUUGGCCCUUCCA